UUUGCAUUUUGCCAGUAUCCAUUCUUGAUUAGUAUGGGGUCUAAAAUGCAAAUUAUGGAGGCAGAUGCUAAACAGCAAAUGGAAACCAAAUGGCGGGAGGCAUUCUUCAAUAUGAUUUUCCAUCAAAAGGCAGUAAUGCCAUACCUUGUCCUGAGAGUACGCCGAGAACAUCUUAUUGAAGACUCGCUUCGUCAACUUGCUCAAAAUGAACUAGAUCUUAAAAAAUCACUCCGGAUUGAGUUUAUUGGCGAAGAAGGCGUGGAUGCAGGAGGACUAAGAAAGGAGUGGUUCUUACUUCUCGUCAGAUCUCUAUUCGAUCCUCAAUACGGAAUGUUCACUUAUGAUGAAGACUCCAAUCUAUGUUGGUUCAAUCCGGCUAGUUUCGAGAACAAGGAUCAAUAUUUUUUGGUGGGUGUCGUGCUUGGCCUGGCAAUCUAUAAUUCCACAAUUCUUGAUAUACACUUGCCUACCGCAUGUUACAAGAAAUUAUUUCACCAGCCUGUCGAUCUUACGGACUUGGGUGUAUUUCGUCCGUCUUUGACACACGGGUUCCAGCAACUUUUGGAGUUUGAAGGCGAUGUUGAAAACGUGUUUUGUCGCUCGUUUGUUGCCGAAUUUGAGAAUUUCGGACAACGUAAAUGCGUCUCGCUUUUACCGGAUGGUGCUCAGAAAAUGGUGACAAAUGAAAAUCGACAGGAAUUUGUAGAUCUUUACGUAAAUUAUGUACUGAACUCAAGUGUUGAACGACAAUUUGAUGCUUUUCAACGUGGGUUUUAUCAUGUUUGUGGAGGAAAUGCCCUUUCGUUAUUUCGCCCAGAAGAGAUUGAAUUGUUGGUGCGUGGUAGUGACGAGCCUCUUGAGAUUGAUGAAUUAAGAAGACAGACAGAAUACAAUGGGUUUGAGGAAGAUGAGCGGACAAUUGUCGAUUUUUGGAGUAUUAUGAAGGAAAUGGAGCCUGAGAAACAACGUCGUCUUCUCAUGUUCUUCACGGGAAGUGAUAGAAUUCCAGCCACAGGAGCAUCUAAUAUGCAUCUAAAAAUUACAUGGGGUGGAAAUGUUCUUGACAGACUUCCUUCUGCGCACACAUGCUUCAAUCAGCUGGUUCUCUACAAGUACGAGAAUAAGAAAAAGUUAAAGCGCAUGCUGGAAAUGGCAAUGAUGGAGAGUCAAGGGUUCUAUGUAAAAUAG